AUGAAGUAUAUGAGGGAUGAAACUUCUAAGGCGGCCUCACAUCGAGUUAGACCAUUUGAUCGUCACGAUUACAGCUUCAUUGUUGAUGAGACAAUGGAUCACAACGAGGGUCGGCCAAUGGGACACUACAGGGUGGAACUUCAUAAAAAUUGGUGCGACUGCGGAAAGUUUCAAACCUUCCGCAUGCCUUGUUCACAUGUCAUUGCCGCAUGUUCAACUGCUCGUCAGGAUCCAUUCUUGCAGCUAUCAGAAGUUUACAAGGUCGUGAACUUAUUCGGUAUCUACAGUAGCAGUUUUCCAGUGGUAGCUAGUGAGGACUACUGGCCAACCUAUCAUGGAGACACAAUCUACCACAAUGAAAAUAUGAGAAGAAACAAAAAGGGCCGCCCCAAAAGCACCUGA